AAGGUAAUUGAAACCAACCCUAAGCUCUUUUUAUCUCCGCCCUACAGGUAGCCCCGAUUAUUGCUGACUUAAGCAUCGGAGUGUCUACCCCGAGUUCCACCUCGGGGCUUUGCAGGUCAUCUCGGAGUGUAAGCGCGGAUUGAAGAAGGACUUCUGGUUUGGUGCAAUUACAUUGGCGCCGUCUGUGGGAAUCGAACUGAAAGCUUUCUAGUUGCUCUUUCAUCAUGGUUCAUACUCGAUCAGUCCGAGCUGGCAAUUCAUCUCUGCCUCAUGGGCAAGGUCAACCCCCCAACAACCUUCCACCUCCGAUCCCACCUCAAAUCCUACCUCAGCUUCCACCUCAGGUCCCAACCAUAUUCCCUCCUGUUGAUCAUGCAGAAGGAGGAGAUGAAAACCAACCCCAUACAUCAGCUCACAAUUCAACUUCCAUUGCCAACCAAGACGUAGUGACAGCUCAGCUUGCUGCCAUGCAACAGCAGUUUGGUGUUUUUCAGUUGGUACUGGCUCAGCUUUUAGCUAGAAAUAAUCCUGGUGAUCCCCUCAUUAAUUUACUAAACCCUGCUCAACAACCCCCAGCUCCACAACAGAAUCCUCAACCGGUUCAACCUGCUCCUGCUAUUAGCGAAUCUCAGGGUCAAUCCCACAUAGCACCCGCUCAACAACCCAUCCCUGAUGAUGUUACUCGCCGCCUUGAUAGCCUGGAGAAGCUAGUAGCCGAACACCGAGGUGCUCCACCCCCACACCAUGCUGCUGACUCUAUACCUCACCCUCUGAAUACCAACAUUACUCUAGAACCCUAUCCUGUUGGCUUCAAAAUACCACAAUUGGAGACUUACGACAGGACGAAGGAUCCCGAUGAUCACCUGCAUGCUUUCUACUCUUGCAUGCAAGCUCAGAAUGCUUCAGACGCGUUAAUGUGCAAGAUCUUCCCCUCUACUCUGCGAGGUAAUGCUCGAACUUGGUAUUAUAGUCUACCUCCGAGGUCAAUUAGUUCUUACACAGAAAUGGCAUCUGCCUUUGCCACUAAGUUUUCCAGUAGAAGGUUGAUUAGGAAAACUACUACCGAAUUGAUGCGAGUUAAGCAGAGGGAGGGAGAGUCUCUAAAGAACUACAUGAGCAGGUUCAAUGAUGCGGUGUUGGAGGUUAGUUCAUUCGAUCAAGCUGUGGGCAUUGCAGCUGUAAUCUCUGGUCUCAAACAUGACAGGUUCCGAGAUAGUUUGAUCAAACAUGCUGCCACCACCUUUAGCGAGGUAAACGAUAGGUCUCUGAAAUUUAUAACUGCUGAAGAAUACGCCCUAGCGCAAAACCCACCUUCCUCUAAGAAUCAGAACCCAGAAUGGAGAGAUGACAAUUUGAGCCGGAAAAGGAUGAGAAUGGCGCAGAACCGAGGUCCGAUGUUGACUUCCCCAACGAGAUUCGGAAGGACGAACUCAACACCCCCGCAACAAUCUGCAGGUAAACCUCCAGUUAGUUGGACUCCCUUUAAUCUACCGACGUCACAAAUUUUUAUGCAGAUCAAGAAUAAAAUGGAUUUAAGGCGUCCUGGCCCAAUGAAAACUGCUGCUGCUAGUCGAGACCACACCAGAUAUUGUGAUUUUCACCAAGAUCACGGCCAUACUACAGAGCAGUGCAACAGCUUAAAGUCCGAGCUGGAAAGUUUAGCUCAGAAGGGAAUGCUAAAUGAGCAAGGUUUGGGAUAUCAGCAAGCCCCACCUCUGCUCCCACCACCAGCUAGAAUCAUACAUAUGAUUACGAGAGGCCUUGAAGCAGGUGGACUGAGCUCUAAGCAGCGAAAGCUGUAUGUCAGGGAGCGUGUCUUUGUUGACACCGGGAGUGCACCAGACAUCAUGUACUUCCACUGUUUCGAGAGUCUGGGAUUGGAUCCAGCAUUGUUGCAGAAAUAUGAUGGUCCUAUCUAUGGUUUCAACAACCAGCCUAUUCCGGUAGAAGGAGUUCUUACCCUCCAUGUGGCUUUUGGGAGUGGCAGAACUUAUGUGACCCCUUCAGUCCGGUUCCUCGUAGUCAAAAUGGCGUCCUCUUUCAACAUUGUUAUUGGCCGACCCACACUGACUGAAAUCCGAGCUAUGGUUUCCCAGUCUCACCUUUGUAUGAAGUUCCCAACUCCUAUGGGAAUAGCAACACUGCGAGGAAACCAGGAGGUGGCCAGGCAUUGUUAUAUCACCUCGGUAACACAACCUAUGAAGGGAAAAGCUCAGACACCCGAGGCCAUUCCCCAGCAAAUUCCUGAUAAUCAGCAAGUUAUGGGUGUUGAGAUCGUAGAUAAUCGACCAGAAGAUGAAACCAGAGCUGCUCCGGUUGAAGAUGUUGAAGAAGUGCUCAUUGAUGACAGAGAUCUAAGCCGAAAGACGCAGAUCGGAACUAGAUUGAACCCAGAGGAAAGGGCAGAGCUAAUAGCUUUUCUUCGAGCUAAUAAUGAUGCAAAUGGCAAAUGGCGAAUGUGCAUUGAUUACACAAAUCUUAACCACGCCUGCCCUAAGGAUUGCUAUCCAAUGCCGAGCAUUGACAAAUUAGUUGAAGCGGCUUCAGGCAAUGAGAGGUUAAGCCUUUUGGACGCAUAUUCGGGGUAUCACCAGGUGCUAAUGGCUCCAGAAGACGAAGAGAAAACCGCGUUCUAUGCUGGCGAUGAAAUUUAUUGUUAUGUAAUGAUGCCGUUCGGUUUAAAGAACGCAGGUGCUACUUAUAAGAAAAUGGUAACCAUUGUCUUCCACGCUCAGAUUGGUAAAAAUCUAGAGGUAUAUGUCAACGACAUUGUGGUAAAGAGCCUAAAGGCAGAAGACCAUCUCGCCGACCUCGACGAAACCUUUAACAACCUUAGAAAGAAUAAGAUGCGGUUAAACCCAGCUAAAUGCAUCUUCGGGGUGGAGUCCGGAAAAUUUCUAGGUUUCAUGGUGUCCCGAAGGGGAAUUGAGGUCAAUCCAGAGAAGAUCAGAGUAAUUGCCGAGAUGGAACCACCGAAAUCAGUAAAAGAUAUACAGAGGUUGACUGGAAGGGUGGCAGCUCUGCAUCGGUUCAUAUCGAAGUCAGCAAAUAAAUAUGGAGAGCUUCUUUACUUGUACCUGGGGAUUUCAGAUGAGGCCAUUAGUUCAGUUCUGGUAAGAGAAGAAGCUAGACAGCAGAAACCAAUUUAUUAUAUCAGCAGCGUGCUGCAUGGAGCAGAGCUGAGGUAUCUUAUAGCUGAGAAAGCAGCAUUAGCGGUUGUCACUUCGGCCAGGAAGUUGAGGUCAUAUUUCCAGUCACACCCAAUUAUCGUUCUCACAGAUCAACCUCUUCGGCAGAUUCUGCAGAAACCAGAGUGCUCUGGAAGAUUAAUUAAGUGGGCAGUAGAACUGGAAGAGUUUGAGAUAACGUUUCAGCAGAGAUCGGCCAUCCGAGCUCAAGCAUUAACAGAUUUUAUUGUCGAAUGCACUCCGUGUCCUUCAACCUCUAAUCCAGAGCCCAACGAUUGGACCUUAUAUGUUGACGGAGCAUCUAGUAGCAAGGGUUCAGGGGCUGGCACUCUCUUGAUUGGUCCAGAGGGAUACCGCAGCGAACAUGGCCUGAAGUUCAACUUCGAUGCGACAAAUAACAUGGCUGAAUAUGAAGCUCUACUACUUGGUCUACAGCUAGCAUUGGAGUUGAAAAUCAGUGCAAUUCAAGUAUACAGUGACUCCCAGCUGGUGGUAAACCAAAUCAACUCAAUCUGUGAAGUUGUUGAUCCUGUGAUGGUGAAGUAUGUAACCUUGGUGGCCGAGCUGAAGUGCAAAUUCCAGAAAUUCUGUCUGAGUAAAAUUCCUCGAGCUGAGAAUGAACAGGCAGAUUUACUCUCCAAGUUUGCCUCUGAUAGCUCUUUAAGUCCCAGAUCCGUUUUUGUAGAGAUCUUAGAUGAACCAAGCUUCAUGAAGCCUCGGAUGAUGGAGAUUAGCACAAACUCGGACACACCGAGCUGGACUGACUCAAUUAUCUCCUUUUUGCGAGAUGGAAUAGUACCUGAGGACAGGCAGAAGGCAAUGAAGUUGAGGAAGAAAGCAUCUCGGUAUACACUUGUUGAUGGGGUCUUUUAUAAGAGAUCUUUUUCACUUCCUCUUCUGCGAUGCUUGAAUCCUUAUGAAGCCGAGUAUGCACUUCGGGAGGAUGCCGCUCACUUUGUUCAGAAAUGUCCGAGGUGCCAAUUCUUUGCACAUCUGACUCACCAACCUGCAGAAGAACUCACGAACUUGGUAGCACCAUGGCCAUUUGCACAGUGGGGACUAGAUCUUUUAGGUCCAUUCGUGAAAGGGGUUGGUGGUGUAAUCCAUCUGGUUGUUGGUGUGGAUUAUUUCACAAAAUGGGUUGAAGCUCGGCCUUUAUCUAGUCUUACCUCCAAGAAGGUCGAAGAUUUUGUUUUUAGCUCGAUCAUCUGCAGAUAUGGGAUCCCGAAUCAAAUUGUGGCUGAUAAUGGAACUCAAUUCAAUUGCUCUUCAUUCCGAGAUUUCUGUUCCAGUUAUGGGAUCAAGUUACAGUUCACCUCCGUUUACCAUCCGGAGUCCAAUGGCAUGGUGGAAUCUGUUAACAAAUGCAUUUUGGAGGGUGAAACACCCUACCACCUGGCCUUUGGCACCGAAGCAGUUAUUCCUGUUGAAAUAGGAGUCCCAAGCUUCUGGGUCACCCAUUUCGAUGAAGGACGAAAUGGACAACUACUUCGAGAAAACCUUGAUCUGCUUGCUGAAGUCAGAGAAGAAGCUCGGCUUCGAACUCUUGUAUACAAGCAGAAACUAGCCAACUUCUACAAUAAACGGGUCCGCCCUCGAACAUUCAAAGUAGGAGACCUUGUUCUCAAAAAAGCUGGCCUAACAGGGUUUGAAACUCGUUUUGGCAAACUCGCCCCAAAUUGGAAAGGCCCUUAUGCCGUGGCCGAGCUGCCACAUCCUGGUGCCUAUGUCCUCCAAGACGCUGAAGGAAAGAGAGUUCCUAGAGUCUGGAAUGUCAAUAACUUGAAGAAAUUUUACCCUUAAUAAAAUUCUUUCAAGAAACCUGUCUGACAGUUUUUAUUUAGUGAUUACUGAGAUUCAUUUUAUCUCUUCUUCUAUGUAUCCGAAGUCAAUCAGUACUUAAAUCUCACUUCUGAUUAAUAAAAAUCACUUCACAUA